AAUAGUUUAUGCAUGGGAUCACAAAACAAAAAGAGGCAAUCGUAUUAUAACAUAACCGAUUCUUUUCAUCUUCGCGCUAAUUUCACGACAACGAAAAGAAAGAAAGCAACAUACAUCGAGACACAGCGUAUUUGUGUCAAAAUAUUGACACCUAUAGAAGCCAUCGUGACGUUACAUUAACGAUCAAGAUAAAUCGGCAAUCGCAAAGAAUAAAACGUUACAAGGCAAUUGGUAUUCUGUUUAUUAUUUUAGACAUUACAUGAUCGGAGAGUUUUCAUUAUUAUGUAGAAUUGUGUAGUGCUCGGAAAGAGGAUUCGAUGAAACCACGGUCUUAAGAAACGUCGCUGAUUGGAGAUUAGCGUUUAGGGUACCACCAGUUCACGGCAGAGCCACAAGAUGGCGUAAUACGUGCGACGCUGCUUUUGACGUUCGCGUAUGAGUUUUUUUUUUUGGUUCCUUCUACUUUGAAAACGGCAGGAAGCGAAAAUUGUUUGUACGGUGCUUAGUGCUCGCUGGUUUGAUUGAGGAUGUGGUGGAAGGUGUUGAGUACGAUAGGAGAGAUUCAACAGGAAAGGAUUUCGAUUUCGAGCACAUAGUACGCGAGACACACGAGGUCCCGCGAUUGGCCAGUUUAUGAGACGACGAUGGCUCCGUGAGGAGAGAAGAACAUGGCUGCGACGCAAGCCGAGAGCCAACAAAACGAUGUGAAGCUGAACGAGUCCGUGAAAUGCGCCCAGAAACGUUCGCAAGUCGGUGGGAAUAUUGCGAGUGUUAACACGAAGCAGCAGCUGGAUCCAGAGCCGGGUGAUAAAGUGCCCCGGGGCGCGGCCCAGCUGCUUAAAUAUGUGAAUCGCGGCGGGGACACGGGUUUCGAGAUGAGUCAAUACCGCGAGGACAUUGGUGGACACACUGCCGGUGAGGUAAAAUCACCCAGAGAGGCUGGUCAGGCGCCUCAAGAAUCUAUCGGCAAGCAGGAGCCUAUCGACGCGCCCGGGCAUCCGAACCAUCCCGGACAUUCGAACCAUCCCGGACAUCCGUUCACGCCGAACGUUAUACGCGAUUACUCGGACGAAUAUACCAACAAAUCGAACGAGUUUCCCUCUAAGUCGUUGACCGAUUAUCCGGGCAAACAAAUACCAGAGUAUGUGGGAAAGCAUGGAGAUUUCCAAGGGAAACAGUUGGAUUAUCAUGGUAAACACAUAAUACAUGAAAGUGAAAGAGUUCAUCGUCCCGAAAUGGAAGAGCAUUAUGCACCUUCCAAGAUUGAAUCGCGAUUGGCAUACGUAGGACCUACGUCGAGCAGUUUUCCGGGUCAGCCAAAGUUUCUAUCGGGACAAAGUAUAUCGCAAGCUACCGGUCCGACACCAACGUUGAACCAGUUACUUCAGGCAUCUACACCUGUGCAUCGGUUUCAUGGAAACUAUCCUGGAAUGGGACCCGAGCCUUAUCAACAACCUUGGCCCAAUCAGCGGCCACCGGUUGUUCCUUCGGUUUAUCCCCAACCUGGUCAACGGCCUCCACAGACGGGAUCACCAAGAUUACACGCAGGGCCUGGAGGACCAAGUUCUCCAACUCCUAUGCCAUAUCAACAAUAUACACGUUUUCCUACUCCUACGAGAUCUCAUGCACCAUAUAGUCACCAUCAGCUAAACUCAUAUACUACGCAAACCAGCCACCCUUCCAGUCUAUAUACAGAACAGAGGGGAUGGAAUCAAGGUGGACCACCAAAUCCACCACCACUUCCAACUAAUCAAGCUAAUCCUUCCAGUCAGUCACCCCAACGUGCUCUUUCUCAAUCUCCAGCACCACCACCUUCGGCAUCUCCACAGCCACAAUCAACCAACCAAUCGCAAAGUUUUCACAAUCUGCAGCAACGAUCCACAACACCAAAUACUCAAGGAAUCGAUUCGGGGGAAUUAUCAGGGCAAAAUAGUAAUGAUAGUUCAAAUGGACCAGCUUGUCCAGGAACACCAAAUUCACAGGGGAUGAGACCAACCCCUUCGCCUACAGGAUCCACAGGUUCUCGCUCGAUGUCCCCUGCUGUUGGCCAACAAAACGUUCAGAUGCCUCCACGUCCGUCAAGUAGCCAGUCAGAUGGUAGUGGACCAGCACGAAUGAGUCAUUCUCCUAUGACAACACAAGGAGCAUACCAGCAGCCAUUGGGUCCUUCAUCACACAUGCAUAGCUAUAAAAUGAAUAACACUGGUCCUGGUGUUGUUCAACCAGGAUCUGGUUCUACAAGCCUUGGUGGAAUAAACCCAAUGGGUGGUGGGAUGGGAUAUGCAGCUGGUGGAACGGCUGCUGGUCACCCUGGGGGUUAUCAUACGCAAAGUACCUAUCCGUCUCCACCAUCACGUCCACAUAUGCAGUUUCCACAAGGAUAUCCAUCGCCAGCCAAUUCACAACUACCACCUAACAAUCAAUAUCAGGCUCCUAAUAGACCCAACAACUUGGUGCAAUAUUCUUCAUAUACACAUAAAGUGGGAUUUAAUAGCGUGUCACCGGGAAUGCCACCUAGCCCGGGACCACCCCAAGUCUAUGGAGGUAGUAAUACAACAGGCAUGGCACCACCAGGUACUCCCGGAGUGGCUGUGAUCGGUAAUAUGGGACCUCCAGCAAGCUCUAUGGGACCUCCACCACCAUCACCUAAUCAUGUCAGCAGUCAGCCACCUCCAACAAGCUCGACUGUGCCGCAUUUACAUACUCCUGCAGCCACACCACCACUCAAUCAUGAAGGAAGUCCAAUGCCCCCACCAAGUACUACUCCUAAUUCACAUCCUACUUCGACACCAACACCAACCAGUCACAGUUCUGCAGAUCUUACUACCGAGACCUCCAACGAUAGUGGAAUAACUACUACUGCUUCAGGAACAUCGGCUAUUAAUGUCACAUCCACCUCGAGUGGUACUGUUACAUCUGUAAUAACAACUGGACCUGAUGGAACAUCUUUGGAUGAAGGAUCUCAACAAUCUACGUUAUCAAAUGCAUCAGCUGCUUCUGGGGAAGAUCCAGCAUUUACACCAAAGGUUCGGAAAGAAAUGAUAGGAGGUUAUCACAGCCAUCCAACUACGCCACAAAGUACAGUUCCAUCUCCUGGUGCCGCGAGUAUCAAUUCAAUACACGAAGAAUAUCCUGAUAUGAACAGUCCUGGUUGGCCACGUACUCCCGCUAGUCCUGUUUUUAACAGUCAUGUGCCUCAAGACCCGUACAGAUCUAAGAAAUCCGACAGCUUGGCAAAGCUGUACGAAAUGGACGACUCGAUGGAACGAAGAACAUGGCUGGACAAAUUAGUUAGCUUUAUGGAAGAACGAAGAACACCAAUUACAAGCUGUCCUACCAUCUCCAAGAACCCCCUCGACCUAUUUCGGCUAUACCUCUACGUGAAAGAGAGGGGGGGCUUCAUGGAGGUAUGCAAGGUAACAAAGAACAAAACGUGGAAAGACAUUGCUGGUUUACUUGGCAUCGGCGCGAGCAGUAGUGCGGCGUACACGCUGCGAAAACACUAUACAAAGCAUUUGUUGGCGUACGAAUGUCACUUCGACCGUGGAGGUGUAGAUCCUCAGCCCAUUAUAAAUCAAGUUGAAGCUGGUUCGAAAAAGAAAGGAUCGAAGGGAACUGCCUCUGUACCCUCACCAGGGUCUUCCAAUUCACAAGAUUCCUUCCCUGCAGCUGGAUCGAGUAAUGCUUCCAUGGAUGGUUAUGGAAGUUACCAAAGUGGUUACACUGGCGGUACACCCGGAGGACCUUCUUCAGAGUAUACACCUCCUCCUCCUAGACCUCCCAGCCAGAGUAGUGCUCCUUCUCCUCAUCAAGGUGGUUCGAACCAGGGCGGGCAGAAUAGUGCGAAACCGUUCGACAACGGCGUGGGACGUCUUCCUCACAAGUCGAACGCAACGCCCUAUCCUGGUCCACUACGAACCCCAGGUAUACAACAAGGCAGUUAUCAGAACACAGGUCCCUACCAAAACUAUUCUCAGGAUCAAUAUAUUCGAUCUCAGGGAAACACAUUGGCUCAACAAGGGGAGUUCAAUCAACCCUAUUCACAGAGGUCGCAUUAUUCAUCUUACGUACCGGAUGUUGAUAGAGUGUAUCCUGGAGGAAACAUGCCGCCGAACAACGCCAGCGGACAGGAUAUAUACAAUCGAUAUAGUAGUAGUCAACAACCUGCAAACUAUCCAGCAGGAACACCACCUAACGCAAGAAGUAACAGCUAUCCAUCUGCGCCGCAACCUCAUCCAGCUACUGUGCCCCAACAAACUGCUACCAGUCAACCCUCUUCGCCUUCCCAGCCUUCUGCUGCUUCAUCCUAUUCUUGCCCUCAGGAAUACUACCGACCGGAACAGGGUGGUGGGUAUGGAGCUCCUGCAGGAACUCAAAUAUACUCGGGUGGUGCGAGCGCAAACAAAAAUAUGCCACCACCGCCACCAGGUCCAAAUCCGCCGAGGCGUCAUCCUGAUUUUGCCAAAGACCAACAGUAUCCUCAAUAUAAUCAACAGCGACCAGCGUAUCCAGGAUGGCCAAAUACAACCAACCAGUACAAUAGUAGUAGCGGGAACAACAGAGUUCAAUAUCCAUCUCAGCCACCGCAGUCGCAAACGCCGCAACAGCAGCAACAAUCGCAACAGCAAACGCCGCCAGUUGGUCCUGUUCCUGCUACGCCUUCGACAGGAGUAAUUGCUAGUAGUCCACAGUGGGGUAGUCAACAGCCAAAUAGAACCACACCUCAGCCAACUUUGAACACUAUAGCGCAUGCUCCUCCACCGUGGGAUCAUCGUUAUACGAAUCAACCGUCCCCUCUUUAUUCUGCACCUGGAAAUCAUCAGAAUCAGCUUGGGAUAAAUCCUAUGAUCAGUCAACAGCCUACGUCAAAGAGAGAAAUGACAUUCCCUCCCGAUAGUGUAGAAGCAGUAACUCCACUUCUUUACAAACGGCGAAAACUCACGCGAAUCGACGUGGCACCGGUAGAAGCUUGGCGCAUUAUGAUGACACUACGAUCAGGCCUAUUAGCUGAAAGUUGUUGGGGUCUCGACGUACUGAAUAUUUUAUUAUUUGAUGAUUCAUCUGUAAGUUAUUUCGGGUUAAUGCAUUUUCCUGGGCUAUUGGAUGUUCUGGUGGAGCAUUUCUCCCGUUCCUUGUCCGACAUGUUCGAAUCACCGUUAGUGAACGAGGACGAUCCAAACUGGAAUCAAUCUGCAGACGGGCCCGAAGUUGAUCUUGGCGCCGUUACACGCCCCAUCGACCCCGAGGAUCGAACCAAACUGCUUUCGACGUCGAAUUACACAUUUUUGUCGAGAAGGGGUCGUCCAGUAAAGAUCGUUCCAAGAGACGAGGAUCUGUUUGUCUUAGACACUCGGAGGACUUGGGAUCAUCAAGAUUGCGAACUGGAAACCGAGCCUUGGCAAGUCGACAUUAACACCACCAAGUACAUAGUGACCUGCUUUCAAUCUGAAAUAGGAUCAUCAGCACCGUUUGCGCGUCUACUCAGAGACGAGAAACCGCCCUUGCUUCAGAAAGAGGUAGAGUGCACGGACUCAAAGGACGAAACCAAAGCGGAUGCCGGUAUGCUUGAGACGCCGGAGUUUUCACAGAAGACCAUCGAGCCCGAUGAAAAGCCGAAAGAGAUCAGCGAAAAGAAACAGCUGGAUAAGAAAAAGAAAACGAAGACCUUGAGCGACGUUCUGUCGAGGAUCAAGAAAGAACCGGUGGAGAUGAACGAUCUUACGAGAGAGUUGUUCGAGAAGAAGAACGACGGAUUCAAGAAGGAGUGCGAAACCGAGGCGAAGGUGAACAACAACAUGGGCGAGCACUUCGCAGACAUACAGAAGCCCGACGAGGAACUCGUUCCGACGCAGAAUGGAUUGAACGAUAACGCGAACAACGUCGAGCUCGAUAAAACCGUGAUCAAAGUGGAGAACGAGGAGCAAGACUCGAUGACGAAAGACGACGAUAAUAAGGAGGGACCAAGAUUAAAAAUAAGAGAUCCGGCGGGAACGUUGAAGAGGAGACGAAUAAGCGAUUACGAGGACGAGAGUUAUUCGAGGGACGAGGCGAGUUUGUACCUCGUCACCGAAACCCAAGACAGCCUGGCACGACGUUGCGUUUGCCUGUCCACGAUCCUAAGAAAUCUCACGUUCAUACCGGGCAACGAGGCCGAGUUCGCGAAGAACGUAACGUAUUUGAGCCUUCUCGGCAAACUGUUGCUGCUGCACCACGAGCAUCCGGUCAAGACGCAAAAGACGCGCAACUACGAUCGGGAGGAGGACGCGGAUUUCGCGGACUCCUGCAGCAGCUUGCAAGGCGAGAGCGAAUGGUGGUGGGAUUUCUUGCAUCACAUCAGAGAAAACGUGCUGGUGAUGGCGGCGAACAUAGCUGGUCACAUGGAUCUAAGUCAGCAUCCGGAGGAGAUAUCACGACCGGUCCUGGACGGAUUGUUGCAUUGGGCGGUGUGUCCCGCUGCACACGGUCAAGAUCCUUUCCCCACGGUCGGCCCGAACUCGUCUCUGUCGCCGCAGAGACUAGCGCUGGAGGCCCUGUGCAAGCUCUGCGUCACGGAGUGCAACGUGGACCUGGUCGUCGCCACACCGCCGUACUCGCGACUCCAGAGACUCUGCUCCGUACUGACCAGGCUACUUUGUCGAAGCGAGGAGCAGGUGCUGCGCGAGUUCGGUGUCAAUCUGCUCCACUUCUUGUCCGCGGCCGACAGCGGUGUGGCGCGCACCAUUGCCCUACAGACACCAUGCGUCGCGUUGUUGGUGGCGUUCAUCGAGCAGGCAGAAUCGAGCGCACUGGGAGUCGCGAACCAGCACGGAUUGGCCGCAUUGCGCGACAAUCCCGAGUCGAUGGGUACCAGCUUGGACAUGCUACGACGCGCGGCUGGCACCCUGUUGAACCUCGCCAGGCAUCCGGACAACAGAACUUUACUAUUGCAACACGAAUCCCGGCUACUCGCCCUGGUGAUGAGUCAAAUUCUGGAUCAGCAGGUGGCCGCGAUCGUUGCUCGUGUGUUGUUCCAGUGUUCCAGGGGCGCGUAACUUUGUUAAGACGGUAUUCUCAUUUUUCUUUUGGGCCCGCGGGUGUGUUUAUCCGUGUUUGUUUAGCCUCCCUUGUGUAAAAUGAUGACCUUUUUCCCAAGGUGUUGAAAAGACAGCUAUAAUUAUAGUGGCUGCUAAUUCUUUAGAGAAUACGAGAGAGAGAGAAGGGGCGAGAGAGAGAGAGCGAGAGCGAGAGAGAGAGAGAAAGAUACAGUGUUCCCAGACGGGUGGUACCAUCGGUCAGGGUGUGAAUUCUACGUGUGAAAAUAAACCCGAAAAAAAGGAGUAACACUCUUUCCAUUUGAAGCUUCGUUUGCGAGAAAAUUCAAGAUUGAACAUUUUUUUCAAUACGCACGCGUAUUUCCCCCCAGAUUUAGGAAUGUAUAUAUUAAUAAAUAAGAUGUCGCGUCAAUGUGUAGAUAAUACGUUUAUUAUUAGUUACGUUACAUUAAAUGAAUUGUACAAAGUGUCGACCUUGCUGACGUGUACAUAACCACGCUCUUCUCAUCAGUGAAUCGUGGACUGAUGCCACAACGUUUCGUUGCUUUGUCGGAUCGGAAACAUUUAUUAUUCUUUCGUUCAACCGUGAAAGAUUCUCACUGGUUUGGUUUCAAAAUACUAAUUCUACUAUUUCUUCAACGUGUCUAGUGGAUCAAGAUCUUGCUGGUAAAUUUAUAUAUAUACACAAUCAACAUUGAUGUCAUUCAUUUAGUAAUAAUCGUACGUUUUGCGAGAGAAUCUUAAUUUUCGUAUGAUAAACAAGGGUGCAUCCUACGAUGCACGAGUCGACUAUCCCUGUUUAGACAUUAACUUUUUCAUUUCGUUUGAGUGUUUUUCUUGGAUCGUGCGUGGAUCUUCGGAUAACCACCGGUGAACGUGUCGUCUAUUGAUAGCAAAAUCUGGAGUAAAUGUCGAUUCAUCCGUCCAUAAAAUGUAUGAUGUAAACUGUUUGAUCGUUAUCAUACUGUUGAAGCAACUAGUUGCAAAAGCUUAAACGUCUCAAAUUAUCAGGUUUUUCGAGUUCCUCCGCACCGAGUAUCUAGUAGAGAUGCAUUUUGUUUUUAUGUUACAAGCGGGAAUUAUAUUUAUUUCGGAUCGUUAACAACGCUGUUAAAAACUGCUGUGUCUAAAUUUUGCAGAUCCUUUACGACUACCAGAUUUAUGAUAAUCAUAAAAUGAAUCGCACUCGAUUAAUCUAUUGUUUUGUUGUCUGUAAUACUCAGCUGCUGCUGUUGCGCUCUAGUUACAAGCCCCUAACGCUUUCACCUUGUCAACGAUAUAUUCACGAUUGUUGUAGCGAGACAUUGUUACAAUCGAGACCCGAUACAAACAGACUAAAAGUAAUCGUAUGGCGGAGGGCGGAGUGUAAACGUUACAGAAGGCAAUGAAUAUGGAAGUGUUAGCGAAAAAAAGAAUGUUUUUAACAGGCACUUCAUCGGAGAGCUAGUAUUAGUGUGUGCAUACUCGAAAGAAUUUUCAAGCUUGAUUUUCUUGUAAACGGAGCUUCAAACGGAAAAUAUUAUUACUUUUCUUUUUUUCGAUUAUAUUUUUACACUUCAAAUCAACCGCCGUCCAAUGUAUCGCUCGUCCGGGAACGCCCUGUAGCGAGAGAGAGAGAGAGAGAGAGAGAGAGAGAGAGAGAGAGAGAGAGAGAAAGAAAGUGUGCGCGCAAGAAACGUAGAAAGGUAUAGAAAGCGUACGAGUGAAAAGGAGAGAAAGAAAGAGUGGAAGAAAGGGAGGGAAUAAUACACAUAGAGCAGCGAGAAAAUAAUGGAAAUGCGGGAUGGUUAUAAAAUGUGUAAAAGGAACAAAGUGUCGAUAUAUAAACGCCAUGACAGCGUGUGGUUGUAGUUUUAUAUCGAGUAAACUCGAAGUAAGAAAGUUAAUUAUUGGUGUUAGCAGCGAGUUAAGGUAUAAUUCGACGCGACUAACAUGAUAACGUCGGAUAUACCUUUCCCCCCUUCGUGAAUUGGAAUAAUAUCGAUAGUGUAAGAUAUUUACAUAGUUAAUGAAAAGAAACGGAAGUGGAACUGACGCAAAAUAGGAAUGGUCAAGUACGACGAAUGAAAUAAUCGUGAUGGUGAUGCAGAGGGGCGGAAGUAGCGAUAGAGGGAGAGGGAAAUGGAGUAAACACGAAGACGUCGAGGAAAGAUGAGAGGACGGAGAAAGGGAAAAGUAACAAACGAUUAUUAGCAGCAUAAUAAUAUACAGGGUGUCCCAUUUUAAUCUCCCCAGGCAAAUAUCUCGAAAGGGUAGUGAAGAUACGAAGAAAUGGUACGGGACAAAAGUUGUACGAUAUCAAGGGGGGCAUAUCCAGUCGUCGUUUGUUUGACCUUAAGAUGUCCUUGACCAUGCUUACGGAGGUUAGUGUCAGAUUUUCAAAUUGAAACCUAUAUUUUUCAUAGGACUAGGAUUUUAUGGUUACAAUUGCUUUCUGAGCAACGUUCUGUAUUUACAUUCGUCAAUCCGAGGUUUAAAAAAUGUUUCCACCGUCUGAUAGUAAAGUUCAACGAAAAGCUUAAAUGGAAAGAUUUUCACUAUUGUGAAUCUAGCAAUAUGUUAAUAUUAUAGUAACGAAUGUAGUGUAAUGUGCGUUUUGAAUUUGUCUUUACAUCUCACCACAAUAUAAUAAGACGAAAAACAUGUGUUCUUAUUUGAAAUACCCAAGGUGACCUUAAUUUCUCUAUGAAAACAUACUGGUUUCAGAAUCUUUAUUGUUGUCAUCUGUUGUACACUCGAUACCAAUAAAUUUUUGUCCAAACUUAUUCUUUUUUGUCAGAGGCCCCCCUUGAAAGAGAUGGCAAUUUAUUUCGAAGACUUCUAUCUACGUUAAAAGACCAUCGAUCUUGACGGAGCACUGGACUAGAAAUCAGCUACGUACGAAAAGAGUAGGCAAAUUACGAAGACUUCCAAUUUGUCUAAGGCUUGUCCGAAGAUUUUCUGCAGCAACUCUUAAUUCACAAAAUUAAGUACAAAAGAGCUUUUUAUAAGACAACCAUGAUGUACAAAGUCCAGCCAUGUAUCUCACGCUGUGUACAUUGGAUAAUGUUAAUGGCGCAGGUGCAUCAAGUUUUUAAAAAGUUCAUAUCUCGGGAAUGGCUCAUGCAAAAGAUACAUAUCUGUAGUACUUUGAAAGCGUAUAAUGCAAGCUAGAAGAAUAUACAGAGGUUUCAAUUUGAAAUAUCAACAUUGACCUCCAAGGACAUGUUCAAGAAUAUCGUAAGGUCAAAUAAUGGCAUCUGGAACUGUCCCCCUCGAUAUCGUACAACUUUCGUUCGAAACAUUUUUUCGUAUCUUUACUACAGUAUCCCUGCUAUAAAUGAGCGAAAGCACAUCGCGUUAAGCGUGAGAAUGUUGUCCUCGCUACUAGGAGAAUCAGCUUCAGAAUCAGCAAAGCGAUUAAAAAAGUACACCAUCCAAAUGGCUUAUUUACAAAAAAAACAGAUGAACCUUAAAUUUGUUUUCUGAGGUAACUAUCUAGUAGCGUAACGAGAUUUUUUUCGCUCAUGUUAAGCAACAACUUACCUUUUUUUAUCGAGCAAGAUUUAUUACUUUAUUAGCUGGCACCCAAUAGAUCUCAGAGAAAGUAUUCGUUACUUUGUUAUACGUGUAUUUUUUGUUGGCGUUUCUAUUGCGUUUAUUUCGGUGCAACUGCUUCGUCGAUCCUCGACAGAUCGCCAGUAACAAACAGAAAUCGAUUGAGUUGAUAAACAUGUGCAACGCGAUGAGUAUCAAAUGUGCAAGAAGCAUGUAAACCGAUUUUUAAGGGUCUCGAAAACCCAUCGUUCGUCGCGUGACCCGCUUCGAGGUGUGUCUCGUCGUUCAAGAGGUCCCUAAACGCAUGUUUCACGCGGGAGCACUGUAUCUUUCGAGAUAUUUACCCCGGGAGAUUAAAGUGGGACACCCUGUAUAAAGAAUACCGAGAGAUGACGAAUGAGACAAAACUAUACAAAAAAAAAAAUCUGUUUGACGAACCUUAAAAUCGUGCGAUGCGAAACGAUAAUAUCGGAGUGAUGAUUACAGUGUUCCCACGUUAAAUGUACGUUACUUGGAACCGAAGAGGCACACUGAUCGAAAGGAGUCAACGUUCUUUGCGUUUUGCCACACGGCGGAACGUACAGAGAGAUAGAAAGCGAAGGACGAAGAUCAACUGAGUGUCGAGCUCGUUCUAUUCGAAUAUUCGUGCGAGGCAACAACGAGGAAAAAGCAAAAACUUUUUCAGUUUUCUUUCUUAACAUAUUCGAGACAUUUUCCUGAUUAAAAUGAGUUCAAAAACGACUUAAUUUAGAUAAUAUUUACAUGUACAUAGCAAAUUUCUAUAAAUAAUAAAGUUGUUUCGUACCAUGAGCCUCGUUUCUAAUUUACGAUAAAUAUAAAUAAAAACAAGAACACUUUUGGCUUUAUUAUAUUAGAAUUUACGAUAAAUAUAAAUAAAAACAAGAACACUUUUGGCUUUAUUGUAUUAGAAUGUACUAUGUACGUUUAAAUAUUAUCUAAAUUAUGCAGUGUUCGGUCUCAUUUUAAUCAUGGAAAUUGUCACAGAUACAUUAUAAAAAUUUUAUUCAAAAAUACAGUAGUUUUGCUUUUUUUCUUAGCGUUGUUUCGCACGAAUAUUCAAUACUGAAUCUUGUCAGACUAUUCGGCGUCCGACAUCUAUAAUGUCACAUUAAUCGCUUCACUGAUCCCAUAGUUGAUUUCCCUAGUAGCGGGGAUUAUAAUUUUCACAUUUAACAUAAUGUGCUUUCGCGCAUUUAUAGUGGGAAUACUGUAGCGGGGAUAAAAAUUUUCACAUUUAACGUGAUGUGCUUUCGCACAUUUAUAGUGGGAAUACUGUAUGUAUAUAAAUAUUAACGAUAUAAUAUAAUGCAAAUUUUUAUAUUUGCAUGUUUUGUGCUGUAAUUAGCGAGUAAUUAAGAUAUUUUGUAGAUAACACACAUACACGUACACACACACACACUACACACACACACACUUCCAUUGAAUCUUAUUCGAACUGCGCCGCGCCGCGCGUGAGAAGUAACAAAACGAGGGGGAA